AGAAAGAAAUAAAGUUGUAAAAAGUCAGUUAAUCGUUCUUGUUUUCUUGUCUUUGUAAAACUGAUUCAUCAUUCCAAUUAAUGAACAGAACCAUUAAACAUCAAUAAUUGGCCAUUUGCCAACUUGCUUGCCACCCCAAGCUCUCUCUCUCUCUCUCUCUCUGUAUGUGUACUGAUGUAGCCCUGCGAAUCAACUAAGAAGACCAAAGAUGUAACCCCUUUGGCCUUUGGUUUUGGUGUUUGCAAUCCUCUCUCUCAUACAUACUUGAAAACGACGACAAAAAUGGUGUCGUCUGAAAACCAGAAGAAGAGCUACCACUCCCUCCUGGCCGCCAAGCUCAGCAAGCUCACCAUCCCAUCUUCCUCCCCACUCUCCUCGUCGCCGCCGACCUCUGCAGCUCAGGACUUCGACUUCAACGAUGUCUUCGGCCCCCCAACCCCUUCCACUUCCACAUCGAACCCUUUUCACGGGGACCCACUACCACAAGUUCUACAACAACACCAACCCCUUAUCAUCCACAACCGGUCCCACUCCUUCGUGGGUCCGUCCCCUCGCUACGCCCCUGCCCAAACCCAACAAUUCGAUUUGGAAUUGGAUGAAGAUGAAGAAGAAGAUGAAGAAGACGUCGACCAAGUUGAAGAAUCCAACCCUGAAAGUAGGGACCCAAACGACGUCGUUUGCGGUGAAAAGACCAGCCAGAGUCCGGUGGGGAGUAGUAAUGUGAAGAUUGGGCCUGGGGAUUUUGAGAUUAUGAGGGUUGUGGGGAAGGGUGCGUUUGGAAAGGUUUUUCAGGUGAGAAAGAAGAAUUGUUGUAAUGGUGAUGGUAAUGGUGGUGGGGAUGGGAUCUAUGCCAUGAAAGUUAUGAGGAAAGACACCAUUAUUAAGAAGAACCAUGUUGAUUACAUGAGAGCCGAGAGGGAUAUCCUCACCAAAGUUGUGCACCCUUUCAUUGUUCCUCUCCGCUAUUCUUUUCAGACCAAAUCUAAGCUUUAUUUGAUCCUCGAUUUUGUAAAUGGAGGCCAUCUCUUCUUUCAAUUGUACCGCCAGGGUAUCUUCAGCGAGGAUGAUGCAAGGUUUUAUACUGCUGAGAUAGUAACUGCAGUUUCUCAUCUUCAUAAAUGCGGGAUCGUUCAUCGAGAUCUUAAGCCUGAAAAUAUUCUCAUGGAUGCCGACGGGCAUAUUCUGCUGACUGAUUUUGGAUUAGCAAAAGAAAUCGAUGAAUCAAGCAGGUCGAAUUCAAUGUGUGGAACAACAGAAUACAUGGCUCCAGAAAUCUUGCAAUCUAAAGGCCACAACAAAGAUGCAGAUUGGUGGAGUGUUGGAAUACUCUUGUAUGAGAUGCUAACUGGGCAGCCACCAUAUACCCAUGAAAAUAGAAAGAAACUUCAAGAGAAAAUCAUCAAAGAGAAAAUGAAACUUCCACCUUACCUUACCAGUGGAGCUCACUCAUUGCUUAAAGGAUUACUGCAAAAGGAACCAUCAAGAAGGUUAGGCAGUGGACCUACCGGAGGGGAUGAGAUCAAAGCUCAUAAAUGGUUUCAAACCAUUAACUGGAAGAAAUUGGAGGCCAGAGAAAUCACGCCAAAGUUCAAGCCAGAGGUAAAUGGGAAAGAUUGUAUAGCCAACUUUGACAAGUGCUGGACAGUAAUGCCUCUAGUUGAUUCACCAGCAUCCACACCAACUACAGGUGAGCAUUUCCAAGGUUAUACUUAUGUAGCACCAAACCCUUGGCUUUCAUCUGAUUCAACAUGAGUCUCCCAUCAAAAAGAAUAGAAGAAAAAAAUAUAUGAAAGGAGAAAUGGGCAUUUGAAUAAAUUAUCUUUCCAUGAUUGAUUUGUAACCUAAUUUGCCUUAAAAAAAGUCUUAUCAUUGUAGCUCAUGUACAUUUUAGUAUAGUCUGACUAAAAAGUGUAAGACUGUAAAAAUCUUGAAGCUUCUUAUUCAUGAAUGCAAUCCUUGGGGAUUCAGUUUUCAUGAACAGCACAGAUGCUAUGCUUGUAUUAGCUUUUACUUGUCAGAAACGUCGUGGUGAGUAUUUAUCCUUCUUA